AGCACGUCCGCUCAAAGCCCUAGGAAUCCCAGACGAAAAGAAACGAAAAGAACUCUCAGACCCAUCGUCGUGCUCUUAAUCUGGUCCCCACUGAAUCUGUAACCAUUCAUCAGUCCAGGUCUGUGAUGGCUGCAAAACGUAUUAGUAAGGAGCUAAGGGAUCUGCAGAAGGACCCUCCUGUUUCUUGCAGUGCUGGCCCUGUUGGACGAGACAUGUUUCAUUGGCAAGCAACAAUAAUUGGCCCAGAGGGUAGCCUUUAUGCUGGGGGUAUGUUCUCGGUAAACAUACACUUCCCACCAGAUUACCCAUUUAAGCCACCAAAGGUAUCCUUCAAAACAAAGGUUUUCCACCCUAACAUCAACAGCAAUGGAAGUAUAUGCCUUGAUAUUCUUAAAGAGCAGUGGAGCCCAGCUCUUACAGUUUCUAAGGUGCUAUUGUCAAUAUGCUCAUUGCUUACAGAUCCAAACCCAGAUGAUCCUCUUGUCCCUGAGAUUGCUCACAUGUACAAGACCGACAGAUCCAAGUAUGAGGCUACUGCUCGAAUUUGGACUGAGAAAUAUGCCAGCUCUUAAUUUUCUUGAAAUCAAGAUGAAUAUAUACAGUAAUUUUGAUUUGUCCAUCUAUUAUCUUAAUGAAUCUUUAUCCUUUUAUAUGAA